CAUCCACUGUUAUCAGAUCCAGCAUUUCACCAGUUUCGAGAGGCGACCUUGAUGGCGGGAGGUUGGAAGACGGGACUAUUCACAUGCCCAUAGCGUGAACCCGCGGAUGCUUCCACAGAUUAGAGACUUAGUAACAGAAUCUCACCAACUCUCACCGUUGCAAGCACUCCUGCUUUCUAAGCAAUACAUCCACUCAACUGCUGACAUGCUUUUUCGCCCCUGUUGUCACAGAAGCAAAGCACAGCACCUUCCUUCCUCUUUGCGCAAAUUGCGCAUGGCGUUUAUUGAGGGCAGGGAAGCUGCUCCCGUGAACGGCCCAGUUCGGGCAAGUUUGAUAUGCGCCCCUAGCAAUGCGCUGCGAGGAAGUUGCGACGCUCAGCUUACUAUCCGGCUGUCUCCAUGAGCAAGUUUGGUUCUUUCUGCGGGUCUUGAAGAUAGCAUGUUGAUGGGCCUGAACUUGUGUUCUGGAGAUUGACGUGUGUCUGGCGAUGGUGUAAGGAGUGAGGUC